AUGGUUGAAAAGCUGCAACUCGUCGGCCAAAUUCUGUAUACCGCUCUCUUCAUUGCUGGCCUCGUCCAUGCACAAACGCUGUCGAUCACUGCAUCGAUGCUUGGAUUUUGCUUGCUGAUGGUGGUUUUAUCCGCUACUUGCAUCAUUUGCUCCAUCAUUCUGAUUGUUGGACUCUUCAAGGAUAACCGCUUUCUGCUCUUGCCAUGGACUGUUGCAGUUGCUAUGACAACACUGAUUGAUGUGAUGGUUUCGUUUUAUCUGAUAAGAGAUGCGAUUGAUGAACCCUUUCUGGCUGUCCUCUUCGUGACUGAUGUUCUGAUCUGUGCCAUCAAUGUCUAUGCUCUGCUUUGCGUCUUAUCUCAAUAUCAGGAUUACAAGAUGGGAGCUGUUGAAGAUAAUGUUGUCCAGCCACGUGACCCAGAAGCUGCAGCUGAGCGACCACAGAGACCCCUGGUAACCACAACUGCUUCUUUCACUGAUGAUGUCAACUCGAGCAAUGCACCUCCGAGCAUGACCUUGGAUAAACUCGGUGCUGGGCCCUCAACUACCCCUAAGUUCAUGCACUGUGAGCUGACUACCAUAUCAGAGGAGUUAAACUCGGGAACACCAACUACACCUAAAGAGCUAUGUGUCACCUCAUUCAUCGCAUCACCCACUGCAAAGAAGCCAUCCAAUGGUCUUGCUGAGAAUCAAGUCAGUGAAAUUUAA